AUGCCUGAUAACACAAUCACGGAGCAGUACUGGCGCUUGCCGCCCAUCUCUCGUACUCUGGCCACGUGGAUGUUUGUCAGCUCGGUCGGUCUAUAUUUUGGUUUCAUUCCAAGCCAAUGGCUAGGAUGGCAUGCCAGCUAUAUCCUGCGGUUCCCGCCGCAAAUAUGGCGCCUCGUGACGGGCUUCCUCAUCACUGGACCCCAGCUUGGCCUGCUGUUUGACACGUACUUCUUCUACAAGGCGGCUAGUGACCUGGAGACGGGCCAUCCGCGGCUGCGACGCAAAGAGGACUUUAUAUGGUAUCUCAUUUGCGUGUGCAGCUUCAUUGCACGCUUUGCCUCUACAGCUGUCACGGUUCCUGAAUAUGAGGAAGAUCACCCCUGUACUUCCCUCCGGUCCAUCAUUCGCAAACAGGACUGGUGGGCGAUCCUUGAUUACUUUGUCGCCAUCAUGCCCUUUUUUGCGCUGACGCGCGGCCUCAUUGUCGCGCUCACCUAUACUGCUUCGCAGCAGCAGCAGGGUCUGCAGGUGAACUACAUGUUUGUUCCCUUGCCUGCGCCGCUGAUGCCGUACGCCAUGAUUGGCGUAAGCCUGUUGUUCCCUGGCGGCAUUCAGGAUUUCUUCCUCGGGCUUUAUGGUCUCGUGGCUGCGCACUUGUACGAGUUCCUGACCAGGAUCUAUCCCCAACUGGGAGGCGGCCGCAACAUUCUCAAGACGCCGAAAUUCAUGACAAGUCUUGUGAGGGUUGUAGAGGGCCGCGUCAUCCAAGCCAUCUCCCGUCCUGGUGCGCCCGCUGCUAGUGAUUUCGCAGGGGGCAGGAGCACCGGCGUUGAGUCUGGUCCGCUCCCAGAUGCCUGGAGGACGAGAGGUUCAGGCCACCGUCUCGGGUAG